AUGAGCUCUUCUAUUGAGAAGAGCUACGAGUUGCCUGAUGGGCAGGUGAUCACUAUUGGGACUGAGCGUUUCCGAUGUCCAGAAGUUCUUUUCCAGCCUUCGAUGAUUGGAAUGGAGGUUGCAGGAUUUCAUGAAACCACAUACAACUCUAUAAUGAAGUGCGAUGUGGAUAUUAGGAAGGAUCUUUAUGGGAACGUAGUCCUGAGUUGUGGUUCUACCAUGUUCACAGGUAUUGCUGACAGAAUGAAUAAGGAAAUUUCUGCUUUUGCCCCAAGGAGCAUGAAAAUUAAAGUGAUAGCUCCACCUGAAAGGAAAUAUAGUGUGUGGAUUGGCGGUUCUGUUUUGGCAUCCCUAAACACCUUCCAACAGGUGAGUUCCAUGCAGUUUUAA